AGGAGUGUUGUCCUUCGGGAAAACAUGCGUGCGAGCGAGAUCGAAGACGAGUUUCUCGCGAGAUGCGAAGUACGGAAUUUUGCCUUGACCAGGGCAACAGUCAAGGACGAAAUAUUCCGCCCUUUCUGGCCGCAGCUGCCUUUGACGGCAGAGCAAUGCCGGAACGCGACGUUCGUGACCACCGAGAGCAGCGGAAGACUGGGGAAUUGGAUCGGCGAAAAAUAUGGGAAGAUCCCCGUUCUCAGUGGUAUUCUUUUAGAUGACCUGCUUCCGCUCUUCCCAUAUGUAAGCCUAAGGAGGAUCGACGAGACGGGAUGUCCCAAAAGGGAAUGGUCGAAGGCUAACGUUCGCUCUCAUUAUGGCACGGUCGUCCCUCUAUGGAACGACACGGAAUUCAUUCGUGAUAAGGACGUGAAGUUCACGGGUGCCUCUAACGAUUUCGGACUUUUCGACGAGUUCAAGGCCGACUGGAUGCCGGAUUUCACAUUUAGUUCAACUUUGUUGGAACAGAUUCAAGAAUUCCUCUCGAUUGUUUCCGGCCGAUACGGAAGAGACGUGACGUACGUGGGGAUCCACGUCCGUCGAACCGACAAGAUUAAAUCCUAUCGAGACAAGGGCCAUGACCGUUUCUGUGGCCUCAUGUUUCCCAACAUCGUGUUCAUCGUUGCCAGUGAUGACACGAAAUGGUGUACGGAGAACAUCAAAAGCGUGGACGAAACGAUGCCGAUCGUGUUCGUUGAAGGAAAGGGUCGAGACUUUGACUUCGCCGUCCUGUGCCAUUGCAAUCACAGCAUCAUUUCUUAUGGGACAUUUAGUUUCUUUUCGGCUUAUAUCGCCGGUGGGCUCGUCAUCAGUCCAAAAAUGAUCUCUGAGAAAGUCCUACCGAUCGAUUUGAAAGUGACCGAUCUUGACAAUUGGAUUUUCGUGAAUGGCUGA